GCCCGGCUCCAGCCCUGGGAGGGAAACCUUUGUUCGCCUCUGCCAUCAAACUGGUAGCUCAUCAGAACUGGGGCAACAAGAGUUUGUGCGCAUCGGCUCGGCAGAGGUUAAACAAAGCAAUGCAGCCUGGGGACCCGGCUGAGCGUGUCCGCGUCUCAGCUCCUGGUUAGCGAGGUCCGGCUCUGCGCUGGGGACCCGGGAACCGGACAAGGCGCGGGAAGGAGCGCGGGGCUGAGCGAGUCCCACGCUCUCGGCAAGUUCCCGGGGUGCAGUCCUCUCGCAGGUUCCUUCCAGGGACCCACGAAUGAGCACGCUCCGCACAGAUCCAGAAGAGAGGGACUGCCCCGCGCAUGGGGUCGUCGCCCCAAAGACCUCCGCCGGCCGUGCGAGCCCACGCCCGGGGCAAGGUAGGAGUCUCGCGCGGGCCCCGCCGGAGAGAGAAGCCACCCGCUGCCCAUUGUCUGUUCCCGCGACCGAGGGGAGCUCACCUGCGGUUUCGCAGGGCGCCGCCGUGGAGAGAGGGAUUGGCGAGAGCCGCACGCCCCGGGAACGUCCCAGCCCGCCGAGCCUCCGCAGCAGCAGCAGCCCCAGUAGCGCGGCCGGCUCUCAAGCGCCCGCGGCCUCCAUUGCUCUCCCCGCCGCCGCCACCGCGCGGCACUGCGCGCCCAGCCCCGCGCGCCGUGGUCACAUGCUCCGCCCGCGCUCGCCUCGGCCGCUCGGACCCGCGCCCGCCCCGCCCGGACACCGCCGCGCUGCCCGCCGAGCUCGGUUGGUGAAUGCCGGACACUUUGCACCCGGGCUGACUUGAAAGCAGGAGUUAGCCCAGGACACCCUGUGGGACUUACCAGUGCCCUCUCCACCGCUGCAGGAAUGGCCAGAUGGAGGGCUGAAGGCGAGGGUCGAGACGCACCUUGCAAGGGGCAAGAAUAAAAGACUGUCAGUCAACCACCUUCUCUGGAAGUAGUCCCGGUCCCGGGUACCAGCAUAAAAUAGUAACUCGAGUGACCUGGACCAUAAAGAGGUUUCACCCUGCAUGGUCCAAGCUAUCAGAAUGGAUCUGGGACUCCUGAGUCGCACAAGUGGAAAGAUGUCCCUUCAGAGAUAGAAAAAGCUAGCGAUUGUAUUGCUGAGUUCCAGUGCAUUUGAACACAGUGAUAUUCGGUCAUUAUUGUCCCCACUCAUAAUGAAAUUAAAUAUUGACUUCGAUAUCUUAGAAAGAUUAUCUUGUCUUUUUGUGGGUUAGUCAGAAGCAAUGAGACUUAGCUCCAUACUUGCUGUCAUGGCUAUUUCAAUAGAAGCGUUGGAACUCACGUCUACCGGGCCUUUUGAUGCUGCAAAUACAAAGAUACCAAAAUUCAGGCUUCUUAUUUAAUACUAAAGCAAAAAUCUUCUGUGACAAAAGACGCAGAAAACCAACCGUAACAUAUACUCUAUAACGAAUCAAAGGUCCCAGUGUCCAAAACAGGAUCAAUAAUUUCAAUGCUGGUGGCAAGCGUGAUUCAGAGCUGAUACUGGAUAGUUCCAGUGCAUAGCGGAUUAGUCAACUGGGCUUUUCUGGGUAACUUCUUGUUGUUGUUUUGGGUUUUUUGUUGUUUUUGUUUUGUUUUGUUUUUCCAGACAGGGUUUCUCUGUGUAGCCCUGACUGCCCUGAAACUCAUUCUGUGGACCAGGCUGGCCUCGAACUUACAGAGAUACAUCCGCUUCUGCCUCUCAAAUGCUGGGAUUAGUGUAUUGUUUCACUGAUCAUUGCUUACAUAUAUCCUAAACUAUUCCUCAAAAUAAGAAUAAUAAUGAGUUUUAG